AUGGAUUCGAGUUUGAUUCGGGCUAGGCCGACGAGGCCGCUGCCGAAGCCCUCUUUGCUGAAAGACCACUUGCUGGACGACAUGGGCUCGUGCUCAUCCAACGGCUUCAAAACCUUCCCCAGAAGAUCACAAUGCUGCACCACCGUCCGAUUCCUUCACGAUCUCGACCGCAAAACACAGAAACAGAAAAAGCAUCUGAAAUUAGGAAGAACGCCUCCAAAAUCGGCUCUCUCGGCCUUCAGAAAAAUCUUCUCCGCCGCGAAACGCCUCCCCUUCGCCGCCAGGCCGCAGCGGAAGGCGAGGCUCGGGAGCCCGUCUCUGGCCCGGAGCCUUUCCAGGAAGAUAAGUGGCUUCUGGAAGAGGAAGAAGAAAUCGGACGAGGAGGAGGUGAUCGGACGGUGGGGAUUGCCCGAUCGGAGGACGGAGGAUGAGUCGGUGCCGUUGAUUAAGUCGGGGGAUAGUAGGAGCGACAGCUGGUCGUCCGGGAGCGGUUUUACCGUGUCCGAUGAUUUUCUAUCCAGCGGUAAAUGUUCUUCUCCGGAGGUGAAUUUAAAUUUACCCGAGAAUGGAAACGACUUCGUGGGGCCGGUAAAGGAGGGUGGCGCUUGUACCAAGUCGGCUGCGGAUAGUACUAAGAUCGAGCAGUGGACUAGUGAUUGUCAAGAGAAGGAACAGUUCAGUCCGGUGUCGGUUUUGGACUGCUCAUAUGAGGAAGAAGACGAGGUCUCCUCUCGUUUUCAACACAGUCUUGCUCGUGUGGAAGGAACAAAAGCAAAGCUCAUGAAAACAAUCCAAAGGUACGAGGGACUUGCUAAGCUCGAGCCUAUCAACCUAGCUACAAAAUUUGCAUCGCACUUGAAUUCUGAUCACGAACAUUCCUCGGGUUCUUUUGAUUCGCCUCCUAUCAAUGAGAAAUCCACAUUGGGUGCCAAAGACGAAGAAGAUGAAGACGAGCACGAAGCAUUAGGACUAAUGUAUCAAAUGAAGAACACAUAUUUGGCAUCCCUCGACUUAGAAGCGGAAACUUUGGUUUUGGAUUUCUUCAGAGAGAAAAUUGCGGAUAAGCGCGCGAACUCGGAAAAAGGGAGAUGCGGGCCCGCCUUGUUUGAGAUGGAACUGGUGGAGGAAGUGCGGGAUUGGUUAAACGGUAAAAAAGAUGCACGGGAAUGUUUCGUGGGUUGGGAGGACGAAAAGAGCAGACUAGUGCAUGUCUACGACAUGGAAAAACGAGGCGAAUGGAUAGGAUUGGAUGAAGAAAGAGAUGAGGUGAGCUUAGAGCUGGAGAAUGUUUUCUUUGUGGAGCUUAUGGAUGAGCUGUUGCUAGAGAUCUCAAGCUAA